AUGAAUCCUGGCAUCACCAACCAGCGAUGGAAAGUGAAAGCCCUCCAAGAGUCUAUCAGCUCCAACCCGAUCCACACUCCUUUCUUCACCUUGACGGAAACCCACCUCAAGUCCUAUCACUUAGAUGCGGAGGUUCACAUCCCAGGAGAUUUCAACCUACCCUUCAUCAACUGGACGAAUUCUUCUAUCGACACAGGAUGCAGUAUCUCCCUUUCAGACCGUCAAUCAGCCCUAGCACUUCUGAACUUCAAUGAAGAAUGCCUGCUCCAACAAGAGGUCUUCGAGCCAACUCGCAAGAGCAACAUCUUAGAUCUCGUUUUCUCAAACGACUCUGACUCGAUCCAUAGUAUCUCUGUUACCAAGACAGAGUUAUCAGAUCAUGACAUUGUGAGCUGCACUCUCCUCAAUCCUGAACUCCUCCUCCCCUCGCAGACUCAGGAACGGCCAGUCUUCACCCCCUCCUGCCUCCUUGAUGACAUUAACUUAAACUCUGCAGACUGGGAUGCUAUUAAUGCAGAACUGCUAGAAGUAGACUGGGCUUCUAUCACUGACCCAAGCAACGAUCAGGAUACAGCUUGGACAUUGUUUGAAGACAAGGUAGCGUUCAUAUGCUCUAAGCACGCUCCCUCGCACAGCACUAACAUCCAAUUGUCCUCACAAUCCUCCAUUCCCAAGCCCAGAAGGGAACUUAUUCGUAAGAAGCGCCGCCUUAAUGCCAGGAUCAAUGCUAUAAAGCAUGGUGUUAGAACUCCACGGAACAGCACUAAACUCGAUAACCUCAACAACGAACGUGCUAACAUCGAAAUUCUUAUGAAGGAAGACAUCAAACAAGAACGGCUCCGACAGGAAAUUGCUGCGCUAGCUAAGAUGAAGAUCAAUCCCAAGGCGUUUUAUUCUUACGCUAAGAAAUCGGCUAAGUUCAAGGCGCCUGUUGGACCUCUCGCCGAUGAUGCUAACAACCUGCAGUGCGAUCCCACUGUUAUGGGCAACAUCCUCCAGAAGCAGUACCAGAAAGCCUUCAGUAACCCUGAAAACGUCAACCCCGAUAACACCCCUGACGAAAAAGGGCAUACAGAAGAACUCUCCGACAUCACCUUCUCGGUUGACGACGUCCUUAGUGCUAUCAAGGAAACAGGGAGGUUCUCCGCUCCAGGACCAGACAAGUUCCCUGCUCUCAUCUUGCAGGAAUGCAAGGACGCUCUAGCUCCCACUAUAGCCACGCUCUGGCAGCUAUCUUUUGAUACUUCGGACAUCGCUGAGAUGUUCCGCUCCCAGAGUAUCAUCCCUAUCUUCAAGAAGGGGAGCAAGGCUGUAGCCGCUAACUACAGGCCGGUUUCACUGACUUCUCACCUCAUCAAACUCUGUGAACGCAUUGUAGGUUUACAACCUACCAGGACGCGCGCCGAGUUGGACUCGUCGACGGUCCUGGAAUAUAUAUGGAACAGAUAUUUUACGAGUAUCACCCGUUAA